AUGGCUGACUUGACAUUGCUGGGAGCUAACAACUUCCGCCGCUUCACUCCCGAAUCCUUGGUUGCCAUUGAGAAACGCAUUGUGGCCAAGAAAGCAUGCAGAGACCCACCCCCUGCAGAGAAGCCACGCCCUCAGCUUGACCUACAGGUAUUCCAGAAGCUGCCUGCCCUGUAUGGAAACCCUCCUCUGGAGCUCAUUGGAGAACCUCUUGAGGAUCUUGACCCCUACUAUCAUGAUCAUAAGGUGAAGAAAUGUUUUGUGGCCCAUAGGCUUUGGUAA